UCCUGUAUAUAUAAAUUGAUAUAAAUAUGUACAAUACUUUAAUAGGCAAUCUAGAUUAUUGCUGAAUCCCAUCUCUCGAAUAAAAGAUCCAAGUAGCACGUCAACAACAUUCAUGACGAUCUAUAUCAAGGUAAUGGCAAAACCAGGAACAUUGGAUAAUCAAGAACAGCCUUGUAUACCUAUACCCGAAGACGCUAGCUCGAUGGACGAAUUCUACACUAGCGAAAACAUCGCGUACAGAUUUUUCUGCAGCGUUUUCGACCGUCCGGCUUUGAAGCAGUUGACUGAACUUAUCAUGGGACAGUUCUCCACGAAGAAAUCUACUUUGGAACUGUAUGAAGAAGUUUCACAAACACAUCAUGGAAAGCAAAACUCGCAGAUCGAUUCAAGAGCGGCCAUUAUUAAACGCUUAGUGCCGAAAUCUAAGUGGGAAAGUUCACAGUGCGAAGAGAAAAAAGAUGUCGAACCUGAAAUUCACGAUUUACAAGCGGAAGUGAAAACGCAGCUCGUUAAUGAUCAUAUUAGGCCUGGAGAAGACAAUUGGCAAUGGCUAGAUCUUCCCCAGUCUCCAGUUUUGCUAGAAGUCCUAGGUACACUCUGGGAAAGCGUGGAAGAGGCUUACAUAGAAAGCUUAAAGGAGAUCCUUUCCUUGAAGAGAAUGCAUGCAUCAUCUAUUGUGCCCUAUAAGGAUCUCGUGUUAAGGAAUUUGAUGCAGUUUGUCGAGCGGCCGGAUAAGCGACAAAUUUUAUUGCAAGAUUUUCAUCGUGCCUUCAAUGAAGUCGACGAGGAUCUUAGAGAAGACAUGGAUAUGAAAUGCGAAUUGCAUUGCCGUGUUAGUGCAGAAAUUUAAAGUAAAAAAAGUAUUAUAUAAUGGUAGUGAAA